AUGGACUUGGGAAGCGCGGUUGAGCUCAUGAAGGAGACUGAAGACAAAGAGUUUCCCAUCGCUGGUGUCAGAGCAGCGCGUGAAUAUCACGAAGCUGUAGCCAGUGGUCCGGGCAAUUUCCUGAGCUACCACGCUGAAUGGCUCCGUCAGUCUGGUGUUGCAAAGCGUGCCAGUGCAGCCCACAUCCACCGAUCCUUGUGCGAGGCCUUGCGACUUCUUCAUACACAUGAUCAAAUCGAGGCCAGCACCACAGCUGCCGGUGAAUUCCUUUCUAGGUGGGCGGUGCAGACAGAAAUUGCCGUUGAGAGGACUCCCGCUCAGCCCGAUUAUAGUGGGCUCGACGUAGUCAGCGGGGCAGCGAUCCAAUCAGAUGGAAGAGCCUCGACGGCAAAGUUCACAGAAUGGGUCACCUCCCGUUUGAAAGAACGGGCUCAGGUGUGGAAGCAGGAGCGCCUCUACAAUCAAGAGAGCCGGAAUCUUCGCGGCAAAGGGUCAGGGGGCAAAGGAGGAGGUGAUGACUCCGACGAUGAUGAGGCCGGAAAGACGAAAAAGAAGAAGAAAUCCAAGGGAGGCCAAACAGAGAAGCUCGAUCUGACAGCCGUACAGACCUGGAUGAUGCGAGAUCUUCAACGAAAGGUCAAAGCAUAUGGAGAAUGUCCAGCUGACCUCAAUGAAGUCAGGGCGAUGUCCGACCUGACUAGCAAUGCCAACCUGUACAACCAGGAGGCCUUGAAUGUUGCCGCCAAGGAUUUGGCACCUCCUGAGGCUUGUGCAUUCCUGAACCACUUUGACUUGCUGGUAGAACGGCCUCAUCAUGAGCUGGAGGGACAGAAGGCCAAGGUCGGGAUGUUCACGGUGAAGAAGAAGGGCAACAGACCAGGUAACACCCAACGCCUCAUAGUGGACUGUCGUCAGCGGCUUGCAGCGACGACCUGCCACUACACGACUGGCAUGAAACAACUAGCGAUCUUCAAAGACACCAUGUAUGACGAUGAUGCUGGAGUUGAGACACCGGUUGUAGAGGGGGAGACUCUUUUGGUCUGUUUCGGCGGCAUGCCCGUGCGUUGGUCGUGGGCUCUAUACUUUGCUCAGGAAAUAAUCAGUGAACAAUGUCGAAUAGCAUGUAGGACCACAACAAGUGAACUUGUCAGGGACAAGACGACUGCUCCGAUGCUGUCACCAGGAAAGGCUGUGAUUGGGGUAUACAUUGACAAUGUGCACACCUUUGGUGGGACCAUACAGGAUGCGUCAGACAACAUGACCAAGAUCCAGCACCACUGCGAAUCUCUAGGUAUUCCUUUUGAAGUUGAUCAUGUUUCUGGACAAACCUCAGUUGACACAUUGGGACUGACCUUCAACUUUGAGAAAGAGAGAGUCGUCGUCAGGGCGAAGCGUGAGAGGGCGUGGAAGCUCUGGCUGGACACUCGGGCGCUGCUGAGGCGGCGACGGAUUAGUGGGGAACUGUUGAGGGUCUGGAUUGGACACGCGAACUUCCACUUCCUGCUGGCGAGGCCCUUGCUAUCCUGCUUAAGUGCAUGCUAUGCCUUCGCGGCCAAGCACAGGCACCAUCGUUACCCCAUGUGGCCAGCAGUUCGCAAAGAAUUAAAAGUCAUCUUGGGGCUCAUCUUCACGGUAGGGCGGAACCUUUCUUCUCCUGCCAAUCCUGAAGUUCAUGUUGGGGAUUCAUCAGAUCGCGGUUAUGGCCUGAUGAGCACGUUUGCAGAAUCUUCACAUGUGGAAGCAGAACUGAGAGUGAGAGAGAAGUGGCGGUUCAUUGUCAGCAAUGAAGCUGUGCUCAAUCCGAAUGGGGGUGGGCCUCCGGAGGUCUUUGAGGAUGUGGAUGAUGACGCCUUCAAGGGCAGCUUUGCGGCAACAGGCGUGGGAGCGAGAACAGAGUAUGGCAAGCAACUGCAAAACAAAGCAGAUGGGGCCGAUGAGGGCUCCAUCUUUGGGGCGAAUUCAAGCCGAUUACAAGACUUGAAAGGGCCAGUUGAGGACUCCCCAAGCACGUUAUUGGAAGUUCAUGCAAUCCCUGAAGUGUCAAGCAGAUGGACCAAUCCCACCAGGUGGAAGCUCUUGGCAUCGGGAGCGUGGCGGGAUGUUGAGGAGCAUAUCAACGUGAAAGAGGCCAGGGUGGCAUUGAUGAGCUUGAGAAGAUUGGGGUCAGAGGACAACGUUGCUAGCGCGCCAUCACGGCGGUUUGGCAUGCCUUUUCGGAAGCGCACUGCGAUCAUGACCAAUGAGAAGGCUCUCCUUUCACUGGCUAUGUCAUGCGAGGGAGGUGAGGCAAACUGCGACCCCCGGGUGCUCCAAGAGGCACGUGACUUCAUCCACAAGCACCCGGCCAUCUUUGCUCAGUUCAAAAGGUCCGACAUCGAUGCCGAGUACGCCAAAAAGCCGAUCCACGGGCAGACAGAGGCAAAGCUUAGCGGGGUGGCGCAAGAUGAAUCCUGGGAAGAUGAGGAUGCCAGUCCCAGAAGAGUUCCUAUGGGAUUUGGGGACCUUGGCGGUGGAGGAAGGCCAUUGAUCAGUUUUGAGAUUUUUGAUUCAGUUUUACUGGUUCUGAAGAACAAGGCUGGAGUUACAUUUUAUGCCGUCUUCAUUGGAGGCGAUGGGACCCAAACCGGAGUUGGCAAUCAUUUGGCCACAUUGGUCCCUUCGUUUGAUCCGUCAAAAGAUGACAUGCAAACAUACCAACAGAAGGUGGAGCUGUUACUUUCAGCAUGGCCGAAGACAAAGAUCCCUGAACUAGUAACGAGAUUGAUUCUCCACAGCUCUGGAUCCGCCUUUGCAAAGUUACAACUUCAUCAUGCAGAACUCAUGGAGAACGACGAGAAAUCAGUGAGGAAGCUGAUAGAUCUUCUUGGUGGACAAUGGGGGAAGAUUGGCAUUGAGCGUCAAUACCGAGAUGCUGAACAAGCCCUCUACCACCUUAAUCAAUACAGUGAUGAAAGCAACGAUUCCUUUUUGGCCCGAGCCGAUGUGGCAUGGAGCAAACUCCUGAGCCAAAAGCUGUCGCUGGAGGACUUACAAGCCUUCAUACUGCUGCGUGGAUCCAAUUUGACUCCUGAUGAGAAAAAGCGCGUCAUCCUUGAAGCAGACAACAGCCUUGAGGGUAAGUUGACAGUGCGCAAGGUAACUGACGCCGUGAGACUGUUAGGAGCUGCCUUUUUCCAUGACAUCACUGGGAAUCGUAAGCCCACAAAACCGAAGGUGUACAGUGCAACAGCUCUGGUAACUGACGAUGUAGACACCGAAGAAGCUUUCAACACUCAAGAUGAGAUCACUGAAGAGGAUUUUGUAGAAUGUCUUCUCAAUGAAGGGGACAGUGAUGCUGCCUUAGUAAGUGACUAUGAAGCUGCUGCCAAUGAGGUUUUACAGGAGGACACUGAACUAGCCUCAGCCUAUAGCGCUUAUGUAGAAGCCAGGAAGAGAUUGACGGAGAAGUUCAAGAACAGGGGAUUCUGGCAAACAUCCAGUCGGUCGUUUGGACAGUUUUCAAAGGGGAAAGGAGGAUCAUCAAAGGGUUUCCAAAAGGGAAAGUCCACUGGUUUUCAGAAGAAUCGGAAAUCCUUACAAGACCGCAUCCUCAACAGUACCUGUAGACUGUGCAAUAGGAAGGGUCACUGGAAGGCAGAAUGCCCAUAUCGAAAUUCGAAUGGUUCGGGAAAUGCCUCCUCAACGACCUCAUCCACUGCAGCCGGGAGUGUGCCAGUCACCACCGUGACUGUAGAUCAAUCGAGCGAUGUCCUUCCCCUCGAGUUCAUGCAGAAUGAACAGCCGACCACCGCCAAGAUGAGACUUGCCAGACGUCUCAUGAGCCGCAAUCCGAUGUUUGGAAAUCAAGCCACACUGACCAGCCGACAAGCGCUAGUGGUACCGAUAGGAUCCCUGAAACUUAAGAUUGCCGUGGUGCCUGGAGGAACUCCGUUCCUCAUUAGCAAUACGCUGAUGCAGACUUUGCAGGUCUGUGCAGAAACAUUCGUGUCCGAUGAGACCGAGAAAAGUACUGCAGAAGCCAUGAUGUCGAAGGAAUCAAAUCACAGAGAUGUAGGGAUCCAAUCAACCACAACUGUGGAAGAUUUGGAUCACCUGACGCUGGCCGACCUAGACUCCGAAGUUGUGGCAUUCGGACAGAAACAUGCAGGCCAGAUGUUCAGUGAGACGUGGGAAGACCAGGAAUGGGUCCAAUUCAUGAUCAACAGAUACCAGAAGAGCACCAAAGAAUCACACCGCCGAUACCUCAAGUGGGUAGAGCUCAAGGUGGAGUCCAUGGAGCAGGGCCAAAUGGUAGUCCCGCCAAGCACUCAGCGAGGUUGUGGCCAUGCCGGAGCCAAAGCCAAGCCGAUGGCCAAAUCGUUGGCCACCCCAUCAAACACCUCUUUGCUGGAUGGAGAACUGGAAUGGGAUAUGGAGCCCGAGAUGUUAGCCUCCAUGACUAUGGGGCAGACACCAUAUUACCAGCAGGAGGAGAUGACCGCGCUCCAGGCGAGGAUGCUCAACCUGGAGAAUGCCCUGACAAGAGUGAUUCGACACAUGGAAGACCAAGCCCUUCAGGAGAAGGUCAAUGUGCCGGAAGGGAUGACAAUGAUGACCAAGUGCAGCACCAUCUCCAGAAACAAGUGGAUGCUGCGCGAUCACCUGAUCAAAGUGGUCAGAAGGCCACCCAAUUCGAGAGUCCGAUGCAAGUUCCCGAUGAUGGUAUGUCAUCCAUAA